AUGGUCAGUGGCAUGAAGCGCAGGGCGGCGAGUGAAGCCGUGGGCACUGUCCGAGGCUGUGUUCUGCAGCAGCUAGAUGUUCAAAAUGCCAGAAAAAGCGACUUUGUCAUGCGUAAAACCUCCGUAAUUAUUAAAGGACUUGCUAGAAAAGUUCAUGGUGAAGUGCGGUUGCAGGGAGCUGCCUCACCUCCCAUCGCCUUGCUGCUGCGUCGUUUCAGCCUGGAGCAGGAGUCGUUAGUGCUAGAUCUGUCUUCAUGCUGGCUGGCCAGCACUAAAAAAGGCACUAUCCUGGUUGACAAUAUGCUGAUCAAAGGGACAGCGGGAGGGCCGGACCCCACCAUCGAACUCUCCUUAAAGGACAACGUGGAUUACUGGGUGAUCCUUGAUCCCAUCAGCCAGAGGUUAUACCUAAAUAGCACUGGCCGAAUUCUGGACAGAGAUCCCCCGAUGUCCAUUCAGUCCAUUGUGGUGCAAGUCCAGUGUGUUAACAGGAAGGUUGGUACCAUUAUCAACCACGAAGUACGGAUUGUGGUGAGAGACAGGAACGAUAACUCGCCUCAGUUCCAGCAGCAGCGAUACUACGUGGCAGUAAACGAG